CUGGUGUCCCGCUGCUGAGGUGAUCUGGCGCAGAGCGCAGAGCUGCUUGCCGCUACUCGGGCUCCUCCCCUCGCCUUGUGGCCUCUCUGAGGUUGGUCCAGCUCUUGUGGACUCUUGCAGAAUGUGGAUGACGCCCAAAAGGAGCAAGAUGGAGGUCGACGAGGCUCUUGUUUUCCGACCCGAGUGGACCCAGCGUUACUUGGUGGUGGAGCCUCCAGAGGGCGACGGGGCCCUGUGCCUGGUCUGUCGCCGCCUCGUCGCCUCUACCCGCGAACGUGACGUCAGGCGCCACUACGAGGCGGAACACGAAUACUACGAGCGGUAUGUGGCGGAGGGCGAUCGCGCGGCCUUGGUGGAGCGUCUGCGUCAGGGCGACAUGUCGUUGAGCACCUUGCUCACUCCAGAGGAGAAAGCCGCUCGUGCAGGCCUCGGGCUCUGCCGCCUCUUGGCCUUGAAGGGUCGCGGCUGGGCUGAGGGGGACUUUGUACACCAGUGCAUGGAGAUAUUGCUAAAAGAGGUACUGCCCGAGCACGUAGGCGUCUUGGAAGGCAUUAAUUUGUCUCCAGAGAUCACAAGGCAGAGGAUUCUGAGCAUUGACAGUAACCUACGUUGUCAGCUUUUUAACCGAGCCAGACAAUUUAAAGCCUAUUCCCUUGCCUUGGACGACCAGGCUUUUGUGGCCUAUGAGAACUAUCUUCUGGUCUUUAUCCGUGGCGUGGGCCAUGAUUUGGAGGUGCAGGAAGACCUUCUGACCAUAAUCAACCUGACUCAUCACUUCAGUGUUGGUGCACUCAUGUCGGCGAUUCUAGAGUCUUUGCAGAGAGCAGGGCUUAGCUUGCAGCGAAUGGUUGGACUCACCACGACCCACACUUUGAGAAUGAUUGGUGAAAAUUCAGGACUGGUCUCAUACAUGAGAGAAAAGGCCGUGAGUCCCAACUGUUGGAAUGUUAUCCAUUAUUCAGGAUUUCUUCACUUGGAACUAUUGAGCUCCUACGACAUAGAUAUUAAUCAGAUCAUAAAUACCAUAUCCGAAUGGAUAGUUUUAAUCAAGACCAGAGGCGUUAGGCGACCUGAAUUUCAGCCUUUACUAACUGAAUCUGAGUCAGAGCAUGGCGAAAGGAUCAAUGGACGAUGUCUGAACAAUUGGCUUAGAAGAGGGAAAACUUUAAAAUUAAUAUUUUCGUUACGAAAAGAAAUAGAAGCAUUCUUGGUUUCAGUAGGGGCAACAACAGUCCAUUUCACGGACAAGCAGUGGCUUUGUGACUUUGGCUUCUUGGUGGAUAUUAUGAACUACCUUCAGGAACUCAGUGAAGAAUUGCAAACUAGUAAAGUCUUUGCUGCUUCUGCCUUUGAUCAUAUUUGUACUUUUGAAAGUAAACUGAAUUUAUUUCAGAGACAUAUUGAAGAAAAAAAUCUAACAGACUUUCCUGCUUUCAAAGAAGUUGUUGAUGAGCUUAAACAGCAAUUUAAGGAAGAUCAAAAAAUAUUUGAUCCUGACAGGUAUCAAAUGGUGAUCUCUCGUCUACAAAAAGAUUUUGAGAGACAUUUUAAGGACCUCAGAUUCAUCAAAAAGGACUUAGAACUUUUCUCAAAUCCAUUUAACUUUAAACCUGAAUAUGCACCUAUUUCAGUAAGAGUAGAACUGACAAAACUUCAGGCAAAUACUAGCCUUUGGAAUGAAUACAGAGUCAAAAACCUGGGACAGUUCUAUGCUGGAUUGCCUGCUGAAUCUUACCCAAUCAUCAAAGGGGUUGCCUAUAAGGUGGCAUCCUUGUUCGAUAGUAACCAAAUCUGCGAAAAAGCUUUUUCUUAUUUGACGCGAAACCAACACACUUUGAGCCAGCCAUUGACAGAUGAGCACCUUCAAGCCCUGUUUCGGGUUGCCACAACUGAAAUGGUUCCCAGUUGGGAUGAUCUUGUGAGAGGAAUAAAUGAAUCUAAUCUAUAAGCCUUUGUAGUACAACAUUGAAAGAAUAUCAGAAGCAAAAAUCUGUUUGAUUUUUUUUUUUUUUUCCCCCAAGUUUACUAAUUUGAAUUGUUGGAAAGCACCAACCUUACUACAAGGCAUCCAAAUCAAUCACAAUUCAGAACUUCUGACAGUUGCUUUUUUUCUCAUGUGGCAGCAUGGGACUUAAACAUGAGAAAACCACCUUUUUAAAAAACUUAAUUUAAUGGCAAAGUCAUUGUCUUUUACUUUUAUGGUAUAAUUGAUUUUAAUAUUGACAACAUUAGUUGAAUUAGAAGUCUGUUUUUAAGGUGUCCUGAAAAUACAUGCCAAAAAUUUUAACUCUUAUUUUAAUUAAGUUUUAAAAAUUUUGAUUCCUAUAGUCUGAAGUUAGCAACCCCUUAAGUACUUAAAUUUGCAAAAACUCACAUAGCAAGUUCAUGAAUCCAAGAAGGAAAAACACAUACAGUGGAGGUAUUUUGUCUAACAAAAUGUUUGAGACUAUAUUUUUAAAACAUUUCUGAAUCUGAAGUAAAUAUUGCUAGAUUUCCUUCCUCUCACCUUCCCCCAUCCACCCCAGUGAUAUUGAUAUUACCAAUAGAGGAAGUAAUCAAAAAUUUAGUCAAAGGAGCAAGAAUUGUUUUUAGGUUGCUGAUUUUAGGAGGCUUCCUGCAAUUUGGAGAUAAGACUAGCCAGUUUCUGGGGGUUUCCCCUGAAUUUUUCACAACUGGGGGCUUGCCUAUCAAAGGAAUAUGCACUUAUUCUGUGGUCACUAAUCCAGCAAAUUCAAGGAUCCAGGAUACAACCAAGAAUUUAGAAGGAACUCAUGCCUGAGCAAUCUUAAUGGAUGCUGUAAGAGCCUAGGAAACCAUUGUUUCAGUGCUUUUCAACCAGAGGAAGUAACCCUCCUUCCCAGAGGAUGCUAGGAAAUGUGUAGGGACACCUUUUUGGUUGUCAUAUUUGCUGGGGGGUUUCUGCUGGAAUUUAAACCUAAAGACCACUCCCUCCUGCAGUGUACACAACAGCCUGGCGUGAUGAAGAAUUUUCUCUUCCUGUCUGUAGACCCCCAGUGUAUAUUGUAUGUCAAGAGACAGGGCAAAUUACCGGUAGAAGCAAAAUUAGGCAAGUUGGGUAAACUGAUGGAAUACUUGACAUGAGAGAAUAAUUCCAGUAUUCCAAGGUUAGUUGGUAAGGUGCAAUAAAGGCAUUGAUAGGUUUCAGUAGCUCACACAAUAGCAUUUAUAAAUCAGUAAUUAAUACUGAAUCAGAUUAAAGGGCUCUGUCCUACACACAAUUAGUUUAGGGCAGGCAAACCUUACAUAUUGAUAACAUCAAGUUGAGAGUUUAAUUAGCAAAGAGUAAGCUCAGAUACCUGAAAAGAUGACAGUGAAAAACUGAAAAAAUAAAUCUACCGGUAAUUUCCCAAUAGUUUUUGAGUGUUGCUUUCACAGCAAAUGCUUUAUUACUUGUGAGAAAGUUUGUAAGACCUGAAGGCCGCUUUUGCUUUCUAAUCCCAGUUCCUCAGAUAUUGAAAUCUUGUAUAUUUUGUGAAGUUCUGGUAUGUUUUGCUUAACGUGAUAAUAAAACUAGUUUGCAUCAUAUAGUAACUGAGUGGGGGGAGACAAAAGUCAAGGAUUUUAACAUUGAUCUCAGCAAUAGAGAAUUUGCUAUAACUAGUCUUGUUUUUUAAAAAAAAGUGUGUAUUUUACUGUUUUCUGUAUUAAGUAAUUCUGUAGCUGCAUGGCAUUCUUUUCUUUUAUAAGUAUAUAGCUGUUAUUGGUCCUGUUGUAUCAGUGCAUAUAGAUGAAAUAAGUACCAUUCAAAAAAAGAAGAAAAAAAAAAAAAAAACUCCAUGUCCUUACCAAUUAUCUUCCCAUAUCUCCCAUUACCACUUGUUUCUUGAAACUUUGUUCUCCUAGUUUUGUUUUGACAGAAUGUUCUAUCGAGAUUGCUAAUUCCUUGUCAAUAUCCUUACCGUCCGUCCUUGAACUAUUACUUUAGAUUGAGGAGAUUUUAGUUCCAGGUAUGCUUUCUCAGUCUUCUUGCAGGCACCUCUUCCCUUAAGUAUCUGUUGUUAGAAUUUUUUUUUUUUCAAGGCUACCUAAUCUCCCUUGCCUUAUCUCCCUUUUAUCAUCUCCCUAGCUGAUCUCAUCCUCUCCUUCCAUGGCUUCAUUUACCACCUGUAUGCAGAUACUCCCAAAUUUAUAUUUCUUUUCUAGAUUUUUCCCAAGUCAUAUAUUUAAUUGCUAACAAAUCCACCUUGCUGUCUCACAGGUACCAAACACAUCAUUGAUCUUGACCCCAAACCUGCUGCUCUUCUCAUUGUUCCUCUUUCUUCAGUAAAUGGGACUAUCACUACCAACCAUCCAGUUGCCCUUACCCAAGCCAAAAACUGAGUCAUUCUGGUCAUGUCAGUCCUGUGCUUUAAUCAUUGCCCUUAGAAUAUAAUAUGAAUUUUUAUUUAUCUUUCAGGUCUCAGUUUAUAUGCACCUUCAUCUAGGAAGCCUUUGUUGAUGCCCUCUAGACUAGUUCCCCUGAAUAUAUACUCCCUAAUCACCCUAUUCUUCCCCAGCCAUACACUUAAUUCUUGUUACUGGUUUUUGAUCACUGCUAGACUAAGCUUUAUAAGGGCAGGGACCAUAUAAGCCUUGCUCACUAUUUUAUCUUUAGCAGUUAACACAAUGCUUGGCAUCUUAAGAAAUGUUUGGAUAAAUAAAUAUAUGUGUAGUGUUUUACAGUCUUUGACUCUCUAUCACAGUCUCAUUUGAUCUUCACAGUCAUCCUACCUGUUCAUUGGGUAGUUGUUAAACAUAUUGCAAAUCAAGAAUAAAGCUUAAGUUUCUUUGUGACUAGGGACCUCGUUGUUGUAUUCCUAGAAUUUAGUGCAGUGCUUAGCAUGUGGUUCACAUAUGUGAAUGUCGUCAAGGAAACAAACUUGAGAUUGCAGUUUUCCCUAGUAAACAAUGAGUAUUAGGAUUCAAACCCAGCUGUACUCACAUAAAUCCACUAUGUAAUAUUAUAUACAUUCAUGAUACAGAGUCUUAACUUAUUUUUUUUAUUCCAAAGGCAGAUUUCCAAAGGAACCUACUUAUAGAGAGAAAACUACAACUUUUGGACAACUUUUUAGAUUGAACUAAGGUUAAACUUCAGUAUUUAUGAAGUUACAUUCAGUAUUAGUGAAAGAUAAUGCCAUAUAAGACUUAAUGUCCAUUUUUCCUUUUGUAGGCAUCAACCCUAGGAGAAAAUGGCAUGCUAUUUAUUUUGCUACUUUCCUUUACAGAUGAUUUCUGGCUCUUCUGGAAUUUAAAAGUAAGUAAAUUUAACAAAAUACUAGAAGAAUGACUUAGUCGUCUGGUCGCUAGAUGUUUAGUUCAUUUGCUGUCCUACCUACAUAAUGUUCUUACCACCUCUCCAAGGGAGAGGACCCAAAGUGAUAUAUAGUUAAUAUAUACUUUUUUUGCUAUAUUUCUUUGCUUUCAUGUUUCCAUGCCUCUCUGAACUUAAUUUCUGGGUAAUGGACCUUUAAGUCUUAAGUAGAGUAGCCAUACCCUUAAGUCUUUUUUUCCUUAAGCUAUUCUAAUUUACAGGAUUAACUACAAUUAUACUCUUAGUUGGACUGCUAGUCUAAGUCACAUUAAUUCAUUCAGAGAUCUUAACAGUAGGUAUGAUAGUCAUCCAGUGAUUUGAUCCUUGCUGCAAAACUAGGUUUUAAUCAGCCUUUGGGUUAAAGGAUUUUUCACUUUUGUCUUAUAAUUGUAAAGUUGCUUCAUUCUACCCAGUAAGUAUUUGAGUUUAUGAAUUCUCUAUUUCCUUCCAUGUCUGCCUGCAAACUGAACAAUUCUUUUCUGAGUUAUCUUUUCUCUACUUUUUGUCAGAUGCAGCCAACAUCAACCACAAAGUAAUUUGUUUUCUUUAGUAAGGGGUAAAUUAGUUUAUCCCUUCUAGUUUAUCUCGAGGAAUAGUUUCACCUCUCCAUAAUAUCAGUUGCCCCUGUGUAAGUUAUUUCUUCUAUCCUCCAACAGUAAUUUCCUGAAUGUCUGCCAACUAAUCACUAAGCCAGCGUGUUCAGUAUUUUUGUUUUUUAAAACAGGAAACCAGUUUCUGUGUGAGGAUGAGUGAGAUUGCCAUGGGGUAACAACUACAAAAUCUUAGGGUUUCAAACAACUUAUCUCUUGCAAUUUGGCUAGGGACUUUGCUCUAGAUAACAGGUUGGCAAACUACAGCCCAUAGGCAAAAUCUAUCCUGCUUUUUUUGUUUCUCUGAAGUUUUAUUGGAGUAAAGCCUUGUCCACAUAUAUUUUCUGUGGCUGAUUUUGCUUUACAGUGGCAGAGUUUAGUUUCAACAGAGCAUAUGUCCCACAACGCCUAAAAUAUUUACUCUGUAACCCUUUACAGAAAAAGUUUCUUAAUCUUUGCUCUUUAUAUUCUUCAUUCUGGAACUCAGACUGACAAAGCAGAUAUAAUCAGGGAUGUGGCUGCUCACUUUGGGAAAUGAAAAAAGUUAGCCAAAUAACUUGAAGGCCCUUAAGGUACACAGCCACACCAGAGUUCUACGAGCAUAAUCCUUCCAUGCACCAGGGAGGAAAGCCAGAAAUAUCUGGAAGGUAACACUCCUGAUUAACAUGAUUAUGUCUCUCCAUUUAUAUAAUUUUUUCAUUGAGGUAAAACUUAAAAUUAAGUGUACACAUCAAUAUAUUUGAAUGAACCACCCAGAUCACAAUAGAAAGUAUUUGUCACCCCAGUAGAUGCCCUUAUGCCUCUCUCACACACAGAUAACUGCUGUUCUGAUCUUUAUCACCUUAAGUUAGUUAUACCUGUUUUAUAACUAAGUGGAAUAAUUAUAUACACUCUUUUUUGUCUUUGUUCAACAUGUUUGUGAGGGUCAUCCAUGUUAAUGUAUGUAGCAGCAAUUCAUUUUUUACUUUGUGUUGUAUUCCAUUGUAUGACUCUACUACAAUUUGUCCAUUCUGAUUUUGAUGGAAAUUUGGAUUGUUUCCAAUUUGUGGUCAUUAUGAAUAAAGUUGCUAUGAAAAUG